CUGUGACUCCGUGCAAGAAAUUGUCUUUGGUCUUAGAUUUGAUUUUGAAUAAACCCUAAUUUCAGGAACAAGGUUAGCUAGAUUCCAACGUAUCUGCAAAUAUGUACGGUUUGGACACAGGCACCGAAGAUGUGGAACGAACCGCAUUCAGAAAGGCAGAGAAGAAGUACAAGUUGUACUACGAUAGCAGCAGAAAGAAAAAACAACCCAUACCUGUGGAUUUAUCAGAGGUGAUUGAUUUCAAGUCCAUAGCUGAGAGUUAUGCCAAGAAUGUUGAGCUCCCUGCUGGAAUUUCUGUGCUUCAAUGUGAUUUUGGUCGACCUGUUUUCUGCUUGGAAAGCCAUCCAGGUGUCUUGAGCUUGUCUUCUGGCUCUUUGUAUACGGCUUAUAGCGAAGUUGUGGGUGUUGUUGCAUGUGGCAUCCAAUGCCUGACCUAGCAUAGUAGCAUCCUCUUUGGCAAAAGCACCCUUUACCAAGUAAUAAUUUAAGUGGUGAAAUCCCAUAAUAUUAUACUCAUCAAAUAUUCGGAGAAAAGUGAAGCCAAGAAUAAGAUUGAGCUGAAAAAUGGAAAAGGCAUAAAAGUUCGUUUCAUAAUUGUCACUAUGUUAAUAUGUUAUAUAUUUGCUCAUGAAUUAACAAAUAUAUAAGUGAGAUAUUUUUAUGUUUUAUUGAAAGGGAAUUUCAAAAUAUGGAAAGGGAAAAAUUAGGAUAAUUCUAAGGGGCUGUUUGUUUCAGCCUCUUAAUGGUUCAGAUGUCUGAAUGGUUAAGAGAUUUGCCUCUGAAUGGUUAAGUAUUAUACAGAGUCUGAAUGGUUAAGACCUCUUAUCUGAAUUGAUCAGACAUUUGCCUCUGAAUAGUUAAGCAAUAUACUAGCUCUUAAUGGUUCAGACCUCUUACUGGUUAAGCACUUAAUGGUUCAGACCUCUUACUGGUUCAGCACUUACCGAUUC